AUGAAGCGGGCAAAGCAGCUACCAAGCGUUAGUAAGAAACUGGCAAAUGUUCCAGAAUUACCUUAUAAAAAGGGACUACUUAAUUCACCACCUAAGUCAAAAGAAAAACAUAAUGCCAAGGCACAGCAUGAUAAAAUCGAACCAAUGGUCUUAAGGUCUCCACCCACAGGAGAAUCAAUUGUGCGGUAUGCCUUGCCAAUACCAUCUAGUAAGACAAAGGAUUUAAUAACAGAAGAUGAAGUGGUCAAGAGGAUUGCUAAACACCUGAAGAUGGUGGUUGCUGCUUUGGAAAACACAUAUGGAACUGUCAAUGAAGAUGGAGAAAGAACAGGACUGAAACGUAAAGAGGAAAGCUCAACUUUAUCUGUUGGUGAUGAUAUGAAUUCAUUUUUGUUGUGCUGCUCACAAUUCGCUUCCCAGCUGGAGGAAGCAGUUAAGGAAGAACGGAACAUUUUGGAGUCUCUUUUCAUGUGGUUUCAGCAACAAGUCAACCAAAUGGAGGAGAUAAGUAGAGACCAAAGCAAUUUUGAAGAAGAUCUUCCAUCAGACGAUAAAACAGUUGAUUUAAACAUUUCACAAAUAGCAAAUCUGGUACAUAAAUUUGAAGAGCUAAAAAACCGCCUGAAAGAGCAAAGGGGAUCCCUGGGGACCAAACACAUGGAUAAAGAUAUUGUGUCAGAAACAAUGAAAAGUUUUGAAGCUAUAGAGAAGCAAAUUGAAGAAUUCAUAAAAUCCCACCCAGAGUUUGAAUCUCAAUUUGUGUCUGAAGUUGAAUCAGGCACUCCUUAUUCAUUGACUGAUCGGAUGAGUAUUAUGAUUAAAAUAUUUGAAAAUCAGACAACUAUGUUAGAGAGAGCUUUAAAUGAUCAGAGUAUAAUUGAGACUAAAUAUAAACAGAUGGAAACUGAUUUUCAAGUAUUAUUAUUGGAGAAAACCUUACUGGAAAGUGAAAUACAGAAGAUGAAAGUUCCAGAGAAAGCAAAGCCUACAGGCAAAGACGAACGAACCAAGAAACCCCCAAGACCAGAAAGGAAAAAAGAAUCAGAAAGGUAA